UAAAAAGAAUUGCACCCUCAAAAGAAGGUACUUGAUCAGACGACGGCGUUUCGCUGUCCUACAUGUGGAACCAUGUCAUCGUCUUGGAGAAAAGAGACUUCUACUCGGCAGAGAACCAGACAAGCAGAAGAAGAUAACAUCUUUUUGGUGGCGGGAAAUUAAUUACUGAAGAAAAAUGCUUAGAAUCUCCGGCACAGACGGUGGAGUUGGUCAGAUAAUCGCCGCCGUUGCCGCGGCUUUAUUGCUCCGUCUAUUCUCAGGCCCCGGCCCCGUGCAGUUGCUGGAGAAUGAGACUGAAGAGGAGGGAGGUGAGGGAAUAAUUUCCGAUUCUGAAGCUUCGGUAUCCGAUAAAGUUUAUCCUGUUACUAUCCGGUGGACAAACAUCACAUGCUCUCUCUCCGAUAAAGCUUCAAAAUCGGUGAGGUUCUUGCUUAAGAAUGUCUGUGGAGAGGCAAAACCUGGAAGGCUGCUUGCAAUAAUGGGUCCAUCAGGAUCGGGGAAGACAACCCUCCUCAACGUACUUGCAGGUCAAACAGUUGCAUCACCUCGAUUACACUUAUCAGGCCUCUUGGAGGUUAAUGGACAACCAAUGUCAAACAAGUCCUUCAGGUUUGCUUAUGUGAGACAAGAGGACCUUUUCUUCUCACAGUUGACAGUUAGAGAGACAUUGUCACUUGCAGCUGAACUCCAGUUGAAGGGGACAUAUUCAAAGGAAGAUAGAGAUGAAUAUAUAAACAAUCUGUUGUUCAAACUAGGGUUGGUGAGUUGUGCUGAUACUCGAGUUGGGGAUGCAAAAAUUCGUGGAGUAAGUGGAGGCGAGAAGAAAAGGCUAGCAAUGGCUUGUGAACUCAUUGCUAGUCCAUCUGUGAUAUUUGCUGAUGAACCAACAACUGGACUUGAUGCAUUUCAAGCAGAGAAAGUGAUGGAAACUCUUAGACAACUUGCACAAGAUGGACACACUGUAAUAUGUUCCAUACACCAACCGAGAGGUUCAGUGUAUUCAAAAUUUGAUGACAUUGUGUUGUUGACAGAGGGUGAACUUGUUUAUGCUGGUCCUGCAGCCGAUGAACCACUCACUUACUUCUCAAAAUUCGGGUACCUUUGCCCAGACCAUGUUAACCCUGCUGAGUUUCUAGCCGAUUUAAUAUCAAUCGACUACAGUUCAUCAGACAGUGUUAACUCUUCCCGUAAAAGAAUCGAUAGUCUCGUGGACUCGUUUUCUCAACAGAUUUCAUCAACCUUUUACACAGCAACUCUCACCAAAACCCUAAUUGUCAAAGAUAAAACCAACUUAAAAAGGAAACCCACACCCAAAGGGAUAAAUGGUUGGUGGAGACAAUUUUCAUUGCUCCUCAAACGAGCAUGGAUGCAGGCUUCACGUGAUGGGCCCACAAAUAUAGUCCGGACAAGAAUGUCAAUUGCUUCCGCUUUAAUUUUCGGUUCAGUCUUUUGGAGAAUGGGAAGGUCUCAGACAUCAAUACAAGAUAGAAUGGGAUUGCUUCAGGUUGCUGCUAUAAAUACUGCGAUGGCUGCACUUACAAAAACCGUUGGUGUUUUUCCAAAAGAACGUGCAAUAGUAGAUAGAGAGCGUGCAAAAGGUUCUUAUCUCCUAGGCCCUUAUUUAUUAUCCAAAUUAAUAGCUGAGGUCCCUAUUGGAGCUGCAUUUCCUCUAUUAUUUGGCACUGUUCUUUACCCCAUGGCCCGCCUUCAUCCAUCUCUAUCUAGAUUCGGGAAGUUUAGUGGAAUUGUGACUGUGGAGUCAUUUGCUGCAUCUGCCAUGGGUUUGACCGUGGGUUCCAUGGCUCCAACCACUGAAGCCGCUUUGGCUCUGGGCCCGUCUCUCAUGACAGUGUUCAUUGUAUUUGGUGGCUAUUAUGUGAAUGCCGAUAAUACCCCUAUCAUUUUUCGAUGGAUUCCUCGUGUUUCUCUCAUAAGAUGGGCGUUUCAAGGUCUUUGCAUUAAUGAAUUUAGAGGCCUUGAGUUUGAUCAUGAAAAAUCAUUUGAUAUACAAACUGGAGAACAGGCACUGGAGAAGCUUUCUUUUGGGGGUAGGACAAUAUCUGAGACAAUGAUGGCUCAGAGUCGAAUAGUGUUGUUUUGGUACUUCACCACUUACCUUUUGCUAGAGAAAAACAAACCCAAAAACCAACGCCUCGAACCACCACCACCAGCAGUGGCGGUUGAGGAGGAGGAGCCGCGGUUAGAGGUGGUGGAGAGUGAUGAGUCACAGUCACAGUCACCGGGGCAAUCUUUUGAGAUACUUGAAACGCCAACAGUUGACCAAGGUGCUUCCAUCUAGAGGAUGCAUGGUGGAAAAAUAAAUAAAUAAGCAACAUCAGCAUGCACCUCCGUAGCAGCCUAGAAUAACAAUAAUUUAUAGGUGGAUGUAAAAAAGAAAAAAGAUGUUGUAACUUGUAAUGGUUGCUUUUUUGGCACAUAGUCGUUACUACUUUCAACUAAAUUACUCAUGGA